AUGUCGCCCCGAACCUCUCGAUCAAACUGGCCGUUUGUCGACACCAUCUAUUGCGAGUCCAAAUGCCCCGAGGAGGAUGUCUAUUACUCUGGGUCUGAUGACGACCAAUACGAAAACUCUCGCGAGAGGAAACGUCGAUAUGAACUUGCCGGGCAACGCUUUCUCGCGGGGUCUGCACCAAGGCUAUUCUCGGCAUCGCUGACGGGACCUUUUGAAAGCAGCCAAGGCUGGAAGAAUCCUUGGGCCAGCAAGUCCCAGACCCGAAUUGCCCGACAACCAGAUCUUCAAAUAGCACGCGCUGCGAAGGGAUCUAGUUCUAUCAAGAGUAGAAAACGCCAUAUUAACCAUCUUGGUACGGAAGGGAGAUUCGACGGAUCAGAGUGUCAUCUGCCUAGUCCGCAAAGCCUCAAGACGGCAUCCUUGCUAUCGGAGCCCCAUCCAUAUCUUGAGAAUGAAGAGCUACAAACAGUUCAAGCAUGGCGCCACAGUAUUCCAGCAUUGGAACCCGCCGUGCAAGAAUCGACGCCAUCGGUCACCGACGUUCAUCCUCCCAAACGCAAGGCAAGCCAUAAUUGGCUGAAGACGGUUUCCGAUAAGAGAAGCAAAAUUGAACAUGCGAAGGAUGAUACAUCGAAAAUAUCCGAGACAUGCACGCCUACUUUACCAGAUCUACCGAUACAAAGCGGUGAACUGCCAGGCCUUGGACCGAAUAUGCGACUGCAUCCAAGCACGAAACUCCCUGCAAUAAAUCCUACCACACAACUAAUUUCGCCACCCAAGCCGUUCUCAAACUCCAGGAUUACUAUGAGGGCUACAGCCCCGAUCAAUAGCGAGCCCAGCGACAAAUUGAGUUUAGAGCAACAGGCCGCUGCAACACUAUCAUCCCCAGUAUCUCUACGAAACGUCAAGCAAGAAAAGCCUGCUACACAGUCUUCACCUCUCAAUAUCAAAGCGAGAGCCCAUCUUUUACCCAACGAAGCAUCCGAACUUACACAUGUCAGCCCUUCGAAGACAGCAGCCAAUCAUUACAUGGCCAGUAUCGACAGCGGGAGCAAGCCAUAUCAAGGACCAGAUGACGAAGAAUUUGUCUUUGAUAUCGCCCUAGAUCCGCGCUCGGAUGCGUCUGAAAGUGAAGAAGACGAAACGAGUCAAAAUAUGCAGUGCACAGGCGGCGCCGCAUUGCGAAAAGUCCAACGCGAACCAUCAGCAUUUGAUGAUGAUUCCAACAUCGAAAAGGACGCCUCGUCAGAUUCGGACCUCACCGAGCUGUCAAACUCCCCAGAACUAACAGAUGAGGAUGAAUUAGUGGAAGAGGCUUCAAAUGCACUUUGCGAGAUGGACAAAGACCCAUUCAAGAUUCCGGCGCAUGCAGACACAGAGAUGGCGGAUGAAGGCGAAUACGAAGCCUUGGAUACGACUAGCGAUGCUCAAGUCGGACAGCAUACCGAAGCUGAUGAUAGCGCAGAGGUGGAAAAAAGUUGUUCGCUUGAUACUGUUUUAGAGAAAGGAGGGUCUGCCCAGUCUAACGAAGCUGGUGAGGCUCUUGAACUGGCCGUACCUUGUGCAGCCACUGAAGACGAAGAUGAUCCUUCGAGUAGCCGAGAGUGGCAUGGCUUCUCGGACGCAGAGGCUAGCUCAGCACCUCGGCCAGACGCCGCCGAACCCGAAGUUGCGCCCAACCCAAUUGAUCGGGUUUCCGCUGUCGUCACUAUCACACCAAAGAAGCACGUAGAGUGCAGGCCUCGUGUCACUGCGGAGACAUCAACCCUGUCAGCGGCUAAGACUGCUGUACCACCGUCUCCCCGAAUCAAACGGGAGACAUCAGAAUUUUCUUUCAAGGCAAUAUUGCGAAGCCUUGUCCCUUCAAUUCCAUGGGCCCAGCGUACGCAUCUCGCCUCCGCUCCUGCACAGUGUGCGACACAAGAGCCCGUUUCUCUGCCCAGUAUGGAAGAGCAUGUUCUGCCAAGCGUCGAGGAUGUUCCCGCGGAGCACGAAGUUAUAUCAACGACAGUUGAGUGUGAUCCUAGGGUAGGCGAGCCCGUAACGACUUUAAACGCCGACGAAGUGUCUGCUGAAGAAAAUAAUGAGAAUUGUCGACAGCUGUUUGCCGAUCAGGACAGUGCUCCGAUGUCGGAAAAGCUACUGACGUCUCAAAUUCGUGGCGCUGAAGGUGAUGCACUUCCCGCAUGUCCACAGCACUCGGCCGAGGUGGAACAGGAAAUGGUAGUAUCGCGCAACGAACCAUUCGAGUAUGAGACGGCCGAGGGCGUGUCUAUUGCAGGUCCGCCGGAGGAGCCACACUCACCUGGUCGGCAAGCAACCCCGGUACCAUCCGCGGCAGCAUAUGAGGUGGCUCCUCCGGCUGCAAAUCCUACUACGCCGCCACGAACUCCAUCCCCUUCUAGAAGUGCAAGCAACUCGGAGCCUCGCUUCGCCUUCAAGCCAUUUGCCGCCUUUUCGACACCGUCCCCGGAGCGUCUCCGUGUUGCGAAGCGCCGCCGGCUUCCAGGAUCCAGGCUUCGUCACCCGAGCCUCACAGGCAUAUUGGUGUCGCGAAACGCGGGCUCAGCUCGGCGCACGAGCAAGGUGGUCUCGUGGCUUCUUCCAGGCGAUUUCGAAGCAGAGGCAACGACUCCGAGUGAGAAAGCGGAUGGGCGGCAGACCGACCGUAAUGUGCCGUCCUCGCCGCCUCCUCGGACACCGCUGGCGGAGCUGCCGACGGCCUCCAACGAAAAGUUUGCAAAGCACUUUUCUUCUGUCGUCAAGCGCACCGACGGACUGCGACACCGUUUUCACGUCACUGCGGAUACAGACCGUGUCAUCGUCGACAGCAGCUUACACACCAUCAUCAGUAGUCAAAACGCGAACCUCACGGCUAAGAACACUGCUGACGUGGCGAUGGAGGAUGUGACAGCAGCGGCGGAUAAGAGUGAUGAGGCUGAGAAUCGGGACAGACCGCGCGAGGCGUCCUUGUCGGUCGAGCCGAUGGACAUGGUAGAAGAUAUGGUGCGCGAGAUGGGCGACUUUUGGCAAGCAUGGGACGUGGACGCGGAGCUCAGCGCAGCGAAAAAGCUGCAGGCCGAGGCGGCGACGUCGGGCACGUAG